GGCCAUCUUGGUGUCCUCUGACCGGGAAGUGGUCGGCCGGGAAGCGUCGACGGCGCAUUGUUGCCACCUGGCGGUUUGGAUGUCAGGCUUGCAAUGGUGGUCGUGACAGAAGAGCGGGCGGAACUGCGAGGUGACAGAAGACCGGGCGGAAGUGCGAGGUUACCAAGUGAGGGAAGCGCGGGUGUUGUGGCGGAAACAUCAAAGCUUUCAAAGAGCUUCAGAGGAGCCUUCUUCUUUUAUCAAAAAAAGGCUUGUCUUGUCCAAGAACCUUGUGGGAGACUGAAGAUGAAGACAUGAGUCAGUCUGUGGACAGGGUGAGAAGUCUACAAGGGUCCAGGCUAAACCAUCCACAGCUAGCAGAAUUCCAGGACAGCAGUUUGUCUCCGGGUCUCGUCUUGCUGCCAGCCAACCCUCUAGCAGAAGCCAAUGUCACAGAAUAUUCCUUCUUCCAAAAAAGCGACAUGGAAUUUCACCCGUUACGAGGGUGCCCUGACUUGUCCAUGGCAUCGGAGAGGACUGGCACUCCGCCAGCAGGUGGCGCCACACAUGAGUCCGAUGAAGCGUCAUUGUCCCAGCACCUGCUGGCCCAGGAGACCAUGGUCCCCGAGAGUGGAUCCAGCGGCUGCUGUUCGCCGUCCCAGCUCACUUCAACUUCAGAGGACGGCACGACAGAGGAGAAGAGAGGAAAAGUCAACGCCGCCAAGGGCAGGCGGUUGGCGACACCCGCGCCUUCACCGCGCCCCGGCAUCGACGCCAGCGCCGUUAUAAGACAGCGUCCUCCGGGUAAGGCCGCGGAGGUCAGUAACGUCACCUCAGGAUCUCGCAGCACGUGCCCCGACGCCACCAGCGAGUUGCUGUACAGAGAGCUGAUGUCCCAAAGCGACCCCAGUUCUACCCCGCUAGAACCUCAACUGGUCACGUCCUACCGUCCCGAUUCAUCCGACAGCGGGACAAGUGUGACCAGAUCCGACCAAGAGUGCGGUCCCGUUUCAACAAACAUGGAGCCAUCUCUGUGGGGCUCAGGCAACCCGACGGGUAUGGAAGAGUCCUACAGGGGUUUCAUGCCGCAGUCUCAAUCAACACCAGGCGGUGUCAAGGUCCCGCCCAAGUCUAGCGUCAAGCCCAAAUCGAGGAGACUCUCAGCAAUCUGGUCCAAUGAUGGGAGUUCCAGUCAGCCCACGUCUCCACCGCCAACUGCCACUGAGCACCAGGACCAGACCACCGCAUCCAGAGUCCGGUCCCUUCCGACUCUCAACUACAUGCAGAAAGUCGAUGCUUGGAGAGAAAGUCAGAGCUCCAGCAAGACGCCGCUGUUUGAUACCAUGGCUCUGCAGGGCUCGGCCGGCGCCGAGUCAGGCAGCCUGGACCGCAUCCUGAGUGACCGGGCCAAAGGGCCCGCUGCUACCGAGAGCUGCUCUGCAGCCCCAAGCAGGGGGGUGUCGAUGGUUGGAAACAAGGCCGCUACUUCCUCCUCCCUCAGCGCCGUGGUCAUGACGCGCCCGCAUCACAGCUCACCGCCAAUCGACGCGGGCCGCCUCAGCAACACGGCGCCGCUGGAGUCUCACCUGCUCGCCGGAGCCCAGGGCAGCAAGAGCAGCCAGGUGAAGUUAGGAGCCUCACUCGGCGCUGCUUCCUGGUCUUCCAAGCCCAAACAUGCAGGGCUGAACAUCCAACACCAAAUUCCGGCCAGCUUGUACAACCUCGGCAUUGAUCAGUCCGCCUCCGCAAUCCCGACCCCCUUUUCGCACAGAGGACCGAUCGGGGAGCCCGAGUUCUCUCCUGCAGACCUCAGCACCGUCAAAGAUUCUGUCGGAGGGACGCCGACCGAGAGUGUCCGACCAGAAGCUGGCAGCUCCCGCAAAGGAGAGUCCUGCGACACCCUCCAACCGGCAGCUACACCGCGGCCCGGCCAGAAUCGCAACUCGGACGCUUCAUCGGCGGCACGUUCGCAGGAAGACCCCUCGACGUCUGAGAGCUCAGGCGUCCGGGCUCGCUCCUCGCCGUUUUGCGCCACGUUCCCCUUGAGCUCAGAAAAACGGAGAAACGUUUGUCAACCGAACGGGCGGGCAGAGCCGGAAGGCUGCAGCGCCGCUCCACCCGACAGCACCGCCUUCCCGCCGCCGCUGACAAUGGACCCUCAAGAGCCCGCGUCGCUUUCCGAAAACCCGACGGAUACACCAGACGGGGAGCAUUCUCUAGUAGAUGGUUCCGAGCUGACGGACUUCUCGGCACCCAUCCUGGAGGACCGUGACCCGGCUGUGAUGAGCGACGUGAGCAGUAAGAGCUCGCUGACUGCCAGGGUGGCCAAACUGCUGCAGGGCGAGUCCGCAUCGGACCAGAAGGACCCCGAGCACAGAAAAAAGUUCAUGCUGAAUGUGUCAGGAGGCCAGUUUGAGUCGCUGGACUUGGACAAAGAAGACCGGGAGCGCAUCGAGGAGCUCAAGGCGGAGAUGCUGUCAAACCACUUUCUGACGAGCGAGAGCAGCACAGACACGGAGAGCACGGCGGCGUCCGGCGUGGCGGCGCAGCACUUGUCGGACGUCAAGGGGGCGUGGGCGCCUGUCCUCCCAGGACCCAAGCGCGCCGAGCUGGAGGCCCGCUUACAGGGGAUUGCCGCCGGAGGGGGCGUGUCCCUCCCCAGGACAAACGUCCAGUCCCACACGUCCAUCACCAUCUCCACCCGCAAGCGCGAGGCCUCCCCGCCGCCGCCGCCGCCGCCGGCACCCGUUCACCUGGCCGAGCUCCCCGCAGGAAGUGCGACGCUGAGCGAAGAAGGAAGUGAGAUGUUGGAGAGUGAAGACCCGCCCUGCUCCUCAAAGGCCCAGGACGGUGAAGAGGAGACCACGCGUGAGGAGUCCGUCACAGAGGACACCACCAUCCCGUUCAGCCCUCAGACCUCCACCCGACCUGGCUACAUCUCACAAGUCCACCUCACCAUCUCCCCUAAAACCAGCCAACCUGCCCCCCGCGCGUCUUCCAGCUCCUCCCACACCUCAGCCGAGUCCGCCCAUGGCAACUUCGCCCCCCUGAGACGCUCCUCGCCAGCCGUGAGCAGCGCGGACGAAGGCGUGGGCCUGCCCGGUCCACCCGACACCGCCGCCCCUCCCAAAGACCCCUCAGAGCCUCCCCAGGAAGAGACGACAGCUGCUGGGCCUCAUCAGUCCUUCACGGCGUCUCACAGCAACAUGACCGGCAGGAGCUUCACGCCAGAAAUGCCAGUUCGAGAUGAUUGCGCUCCUCGUGCAGCGCCGCCCGUCCUGCAGCCUUACAAGCCUCGUGGCGCGGCGGAGCUCUUCCUCAUCCCUCAAAGCGAAGCCAACAGCUCCACCUCGUGCACCACCAUGGAGAGCUCGCACACUGGUUCUGAUGACGCCAUUCCCCCGCUCUUCAGCAGCGAGGUCCUGGGCCACCAGGACCCGGGCCUGGACCGCGGCGUCACCAUCAAACACGCGCAAGGGAUCUACAGCAAGAGGCCGCACACGUCCACCGUCAGGACACGAGAGGCGGCACACAGAGAUAAAACACCUCCUCAGGUGUCCCCGGCUCCGAGAGAAGCCCCCAGGAUGGAGCCGAUCCAGGCGGGAGGAAAACAGCACGUGGACCUCCACCCUCAGAGCCACCGGUCUUGGCCUGUGACCACAGAGAGGGAGGCGUGGCUAAUGGAGCAGCUUCUGCACCUGUCUGAGCUCAUCCACAACACUAGGGGCGUUAGCGAGCAGCCUGCCAGGACUUACUACGGCAGGGAGGAGCCACGAGUGGGAGGAGGUAAGGCAGCUGGUAAAGCGCCUGAGGGAAGAACUCCUCCUCCUCCUCGCCAGGCGUGGACACAUCACCCAGAAGAGCUCGGUCACGCCCCCUUCACCUCCACAUCGCGCUUUUGUCCAGCGGAUAGAGACGAGUCCACCACGUCCACAUCCAAGUCCACGUCCACGUCCACGUCCACCGUGGACACGGACCGGCUCAUCAGAGUCUUCGGUCUCCACCGCGUCCAACCCGUCAAGAGCCAGUCGGGCCUCCAAAAACUUUACAGCAGCAUCAGCAGGCAGCGGGACGAGUGGGAGGGGCGGAGCUUCAGCUCUCAGACGGAAACCACCAGCGAGGAAUCCAACGUCCCGGCCGAGUCCUCGUCCAGCGGCUCGCCAGUCAGGACCUCCAAGAACAACGCCAAGGUGGUCAGCAGAGGAGUCCAAGCAGGCGACUUGGAGAUUGUCUGCAACGCCACUCGCCAUCACACCAGAGACGUGGGAACCAUCUUCCCUUCACCGCGCCAUCCUCAGAGGAGUCAGCCGGCCUCGCACAAGCAGAAGAAGAGUCGAGCGCCGCCUAAACCCAAAGCCGUGUCCUGGUUCAUCCCUUUGGACCACGUAGAGUCCCAGUCCAGGAAGGAGAACCGUCCUGAGGAGCAGCAGGAGGAGGAGGAGGAGGAGGAGGAAGAAGACGACAUCCUUGAACCCAGCUCACUUUGGUACGACACUUACAGGAGAAGUGUGGUGUGGAGACAACCUCUGCAGCCCAGACAACACCACCUCACCACUGAAGUUACCUCACUGCAGGAGGCUCUAGUCAUGUAUCGACCUGACUUCAUCUGCCGCUCCAGACAACGCCUGCACAUCCUGACUCAGCACAACCAGGACAGGAAGGCCAUUGGGCGACCGGCAGGUGUGCUCAUGAGGGCUGUUCCUUGGAAGGAGAUGAUCCAACGCACCAAAAGGAUGUAUGACAGUCUACCUGAGGUACAAAGGAAGCGUGCUGCAGAGAGACAGAAAUCUCAGACACAAUCCAACCGCCUCAACGUGCAGCUCUACAACAAGAAACUCACCAAGCGUCUCCUGGAGAAUCGGCCAGCUGCAUCACAUAAAAAUUACUGGUGAUUUUUAACAUUUUAGCUUUUUUUUAAUAGACUGUUUUUAAAGUGUUUUGAAUGUUUGAGUAGACAUGUUAUCAAAUUAAACCUCCUUGACAAUCUGACCUUUGACACAC